AUGACUCUAACGAACUCCUGCAAUACUCGCAAAGCUCAAAUUGUAUCCUCUGGCCUUGGACAACACUUCAUGAGCCCUAGGAAAGCGAGAGAUAAGAGGAAGACUCAAGUCCUUGUCAAGCUGCCUGGCGCUGAGCUCAAGCAUCGUUGUUUACUUUCUCAAAUGCAACGACUCAUGGAUCCUACAUCCUCUAAACCAGGCCGUUCUCUUGGUACCACACUGGAGGGUCCCUCUGGCGCUGAAGUUGAGACGGCACACGCAGUAUCUUCUGAUAGGCCCGCAGACUCGGAGACCAGUCCUUCCAAGCAGCGCACUCUUCCAGAUAAAUCAACGGGUACAUUAUAUGCUAACUGGAAAAAGCUCAUACCCACCCUCGUAGACCCGCAAUUGAAGUAUUAUGCGCGCACUCUUGGCCAAGCCCUGGAGACAACUCACAAUAGAAGGACUAGUAUAUUCCUUCCGCAGGUCCUUCUUCAUCAUGGGCUAUUCCCUACUGCACCUUCACAACCUCAUAUGGCGGUCUCCGUCGAUCUAUUGUCGUUUUAUCGAGCGUUAUUUGAGUGCUCUUGCAAUGCCAUCAACGCUCUCGCAUCCGCGCUCAAAACUCACUAUUUGCGCCGAGGGUUUCAAGUGACCGACUCACACGGUGACAUUGUGCAGGAACCCUUUCGUCGUGGUUUAGGUUAUGCCAUACAGUGGUACAAUGUCCUCCAGGUCGAAAUCGAGCGCCAGGUCGAUGCAGUUCUCCAACAAAGUCGAGAUCUUGUGGCUGGUCUUCAAUCACCUCAACCACUCGCCUUAGCGCAUGCAGAACAUUCAGCUGAAAUUGGCUUACACCAUGGUCAAUGUGCAUCACUCCUCAUCCAACGAUGUCCAGCGUGUUUCGGUGGCGCGCUGUUUGGAAGACCCGUUAACCAAGGUGGCGACAUACAUGUUGCUACCGACGGGAAUUUUCAUCAUCGCCACCGCCGAUCUGCCGGCAACUGUCCUCCCUUUUAUGAGCCCACCUACUUCCUUCCUAAAGGGUUCAUUGACACGGUUGGGCUGCAGAAUUCACACACAACGCCAUCGACUUGUGUGAGAACGCAUAUGAAGCUGCUGACAGGAAAGAAGCAAAAAGCGGCGAUGGACAGCUUUGACGACACGGGAUUGAUGGCCCUGAUUUGCCGUCACGACAUCCCACUUUUUUUUGUUAAUAUUGAUUCCCCGGGCGAGCAACAGAAGUAUCCGAUUGCGCUGAUCGAACAUUUGUUCACAUUGCUCCCUCCUCAAGCAACAGUGGUGACGCUCUAUGACAUCGGAUGUGUUCUUGCGCGGACCCUUUCAAAAUUCGAGAUCCUCCCCAAGGAUACCUUAUCACAUCACGAAUGGGCGUGUCAGUUGGCGUACAAUCCUUGUAUGUGCAUUGGGCUAGGGUUAUCUGAUGGUGAGGGCACUGAACGGCUGUGGUCUCGGCUUGUUCGCUUGAUAGGUGUCGAAAGGUCGUCAUCACGUCAGCGUCGUAUCUGGUUAAUCGACCGUCAAGCAACUGCGAUAGGAUCGGAAAUGAAAUCAGACCUGGGGGACUGGCUUAAACGCCGUCUCAAGCGGGGUGUCAAGGACCAGGGUUCUGCGGCGCUGGAUGUCAUCAACCGUUCCGAAACAUCUGUGGAGGACCUACAAGCUCAGUGGGCUGACCAGCAGGCAAUCCCAACUCUCAAUUCGUGCGCACCUCAGACUGCCCCCACCCGUCUGAAGAAAGAACUAGAUACCAGCCUACAGAGGGGCCAUGAUCGUCUCAUGACGAAAGUCGAAGCGUUGUAUGCUUCACUUAACGUCAAUGACAGGUUUCCCGAGCUCGACGCUAGUUUUUUCGAAUGGGACAAAUUGGAUCGUGCAGUAGGCGGAUCGCACCAAACAUUAGGGACGAAGCUUCACCAACAUACUCGAAAGGCUAUAGCCAAGCGUCAACCUGCGCUGAUGACGGCAAUCCGAAAGUUUAACUCUUACUGCGAACGGUUGGAGUCACUGUAUGAUCCUACUUGGACUAUUCCCCUCCCUACCCCCCUUCCAACAAAAUUAGCUGAACUACGUGGUGACCAGACAUUAAUGCAGGAUGUCUGGGUCACGCCGUCAAUGGGAGAUGUGCCUCGCUGGGACGGAAUUCGUGCCCUUCUCAAACGUGACCAGUGCCAGGAGGAGCAAAAACGCUUAGGCAUGGAGGCUGACAAUUUGUGCCGCUUCUUCAGAGAAGAGCUAACUGCACUGGAGCUCUCACUCCGAUUGCCCGAAAAUAAGCGCUUUCGUGUUCCAUUGCAACAAUGGCACUCACAUUUUAUCCGCCUUCAGACGCGAUGGUCAAACUCGCUUGCACCAUCGGCUCGGUUCACAAGCCGUGCAAAAGAGGCGCUAGACCGCGCUAUAGCCUACUCUGGAGAUCCUCAAGAUACUGUUCUUAAUUUGGCUAGCAUAACAGUGCAGGACCCUGCUCCAGAAGAUGAACCACUUGCAGACAUCCUGGAGGGUGAUGUUGCUAGAGCGGAGUUUGAUGAAGAUCAGAACUUAAUGUCCAAUAUGUGCGCUGACAUUGUGUGGGAUUCCCCAGAGGUACUACGACCGUCGAUGGGUGGAUUCCCCCAACAAGUUUUUGAGCCGAGAGACAUCUCAUUUCUUGCUUCUCCGACAGCGUACCUGAAUGAUGUUUGUAUCAACGGCUGUGCCAUGCUUCUGCAGAUAGAUAUCCCUAACCCCAUUGUAGCUAUCUUCUCCACGCACGAUCUUCCUCGCAUUCACUACAAUGCAGCCGAUGAUAUCCUUUGGCGCAAUACAUCCUGGACGCGCUAUUGGGAGAAAGAUGUGUGGAUUAUCCCAAUUCAUAGGCCAGCUAGUGUUGGCCAUUGGGUUGUUUGUGUUAUUUACUUGUCGAGAAAAGAAAUCCAUCUCUUUGAUAGUCUCGCUGAACGAAAACCGUGGAAACACGACUUGAAAGACAUCAUGAAACUUGUUUGUCGGCUUCUGGUAGUCGCACAUCAACGAGACAAGCAGGUACAUAUCGAUCUGGAUGGAUGGGUGGCUCGGCCAUUGACUGUCAAACCACUCCAGACUAAUGGAUAUGACUGCGGAGUAUGGAUAUUAGCAGCCAUGAUUGCUGUCCUACGUGGACGACACAUUACGCGACUACAAGAGGAGGAAAUGAGCGACUUGAGAUAUUACCUACAUGCUCGUGUACUUUCUAUACCUGCCUUCUAG